ACUUCCCUUCCCAAGAUGUCUGCGCCCUGUUGCAGAAGAAAAAUGUUUAAGACUUAAAUGAUUGAAUUAUUAGAAUUUAAAAAGAUAAAUAAGAAUGUCAGCUUGUUUAAGAAGGAUAAUUGUUAAUCGGAUAAUGUAUGGAGAUUAUACAGAAUGGUCACCUCAAGUAUAUAGGAAUGACAGAGACUCAAUAGACGAAAAACAGGUUCACUAGAUGAAUGACAAAGAUAAUGACAGGAGCCCACUGGAAGAAUACAAAAGGAAUAACAGGUUCACCAGAUGAAUUACAAAGAUAAUGACAGAGAUUGUUCGAUCUUUAAGAAGAAAUGGAGAGAAAAAUGUGGCAGAUAUUGAAAAAUUAGAAGUAGAUAUGUUACAUUUACUGAAAGUCAACCCUGUCUCAAAAAAUACAAAAUCAGAUUUACCUCAGUUUCUGUUACCAAGAUCAAGAUUGAAAGAAAUUGGUUUUGUAUUGGAUAAAGAUAGUAUAGAUUUUAAGGAUGAUGUUAUAGAAAAUUGUUAUGUUGACAAAAGCAACAAGCUUCAAAUAAAUAUCAACAACGAAUUCUUUAUACAGAAAGUAUUGUCCACUGUACAGAGAUUAGGAAAACGAUAUGGUUAUGAUGUUCUGCAAUUUCCAAAAAAACAUGUUGUUGUUGAAUAUAGUUCACCCAAUAUAGCUAAACCAUUUCAUGUAGGGCAUCUACAUUCUACAAUCUUGGGAAAUUUUAUAUGUAAUUUAUAUGAAGCUUUGGGUCAUAAAGUAACCAGAUUAAAUUACCUUGGAGAUUGGGGAACACAGCUCAGUUUAUUGAUAUUAGGUUAUAAAAGGUAUGGAGAUGAUGUGCAGUUAAACAAGGAUCCACUUCAACAUCUUUUUGAGGUUUAUGUUAAAAUUCAUGAAGAUGUUGACCAAGAGAAAGAUUCAACGAAACGUACAGGCAGGGGUUCAUAUCAUGAGGGGUUAGAAUUAUUCCACAAAUUAGAAUCAGGAGAUGAAGAAAUCACAACAUUAUGGAAGAAGUUUAGUGAGAUAAGUCUAGAAGAAUAUGAUAAGAUGUAUAAGAGACUAAAUAUUAGAUUUGAUGAAAUACAUACUGAAUCAAUGUAUAACCAAUCUACACAACAAUUAAUUCAAUCACUAAAACAAUCAGGUCUUAUACAAACCAGAAAGGAUGGUGUAGGAUAUAUUGAUAUAAGUAAUGAUAAAGACUCUGUACAAGCUGUUAUGAAUAAAAGUGAUGGAUCUACUUUAUACUUAUCUAGAGAUAUUGCAGCAGCUUUGGAUAGAUUUAAAAGAUUCAAAUUUGAUCAAAUUCAUUAUGUAGUUGGAAAUGAUCAAUACUUGCAUUUUAAGACACUUCUUGAAGUAUUAAAAAAAAUUCAGCCAGCAAUAUGGAAUUCUGUUGAUUUAUCUGAGUUUUUAAUUAAAUUUGGUCGUGUAGAUGGUAUAAGUACAAGAAAAGGAAAUGUUGUAUUUUUAAGAGAUAUAUUGGAUGAAGCUAGAGAUAGAGUUGUACAAUCUUUAAAAUAUAAUGAAUUUACAAAGAUAACCAGUGAUUAUGAAUAUGUAGCAGAUAAACUAGGUAUAUCAUCUAUUAUAAUACAGUAUUUACGGAGUAGAAGAACUUCCCAUUCCACCUUUAAUUGGGAAAAAAUGUUACACUUUAAAGCUGAUUCUGGUCUCUUUCUACAGUACUGUCAUGCCAGACUAUACAGUAUAGAAAAAGAAGUCGAUAUAAAAAUUAAAGAAACCAUAGAUAUAAGUUGUUUAUCAGAAGAUUCAGCUAAGAUAGUAGUACAGCAUUUAGCUAGGUAUCCUGAUGUAGUAAAUGAAUCAUUCGAUGUAUUUGAACCUUAUGUUAUUGUGCAAUAUCUAUUUAAACUAGGACAUUUAGCUAACUUAGCAUAUAAACAUUUACCUGUUAAAAACCAACGAACAGAAUUAGCUGAGGCUAGAUUAGUGUUAUUUAACAGUGCAAGACAAACUUUAGCUAAUGGAAUGAGAGUAUUGGGUAUUGAACCUUUAAAUCAAAUGUAGAAUAUAUGUUUUUAAUAAAGAAACCUUUUUAUUGCA